AUGUCUGUCGCCUGGGAUGUGCAAAACGGUGAGAUCGACGCUGUCAAGAAAUCGGUCAACGCUGGAAACGUCCACGAAGUGUACAACGGUCGUACUGCUGUUCAAAUCGCCGCCGAUUAUGGACAGACCGCUGUGAUUGACUAUUUGAUCAGCAUUGGGGCUAACAUCCAGGAGAAGGACAAGUACGGGAUCACUCCAUUGUUGUCGGCUGUCUGGGAGGGUCAUCAUGAUGCUGUCAAAUUGCUUCUUGAGCACGGUGCUGAUCGCUCGAUCUUUGCUCCAGACGGCACUGCUCUCAUCGACUGCACCGAGGAAGAAUCGAUUCGUGACCUCCUCAAACAAUAG